AUGGCCGAAACCGAAGGUAGCCCCGCCAAGCACGAGGGCGCCCCUGCCCCGGCACCCGCCUCUCCCAAGACCCAAAAGGUAGCUUCACCGACUCAGGCCAAAGCUCCCGCCCCAAAGGCAGCUUCGCCGACCCAGGCCAAGGCUCCCGCCUCCGCCCAUGCUGCCAAGCCCUCCACCAGCGCCUCUGCACCUGCGAAGCGCACCUCGACUGUCGGCACAGGCUCGGGCACCACGACAACUGCGGCGCGUCGACCUGCCACCGGCACCUCGUCGUCCGCUGCCAAGCCGGCCUCGAGCUCCACCGCCACCCGCGCCGCCGCCCCCUCGGGCUCCAGCCUGAGCAAGCCGCCCGCGCGUCCGUCCACGAGCAGCACCACGGCCAAGCGCCCGACCACCUCGUCCUCGACGGCAACCUCGCACCGCUCCCAUCCCUCCGCCUCGGAGGACGAGAAGAAGCGGUCGACUACGAGCUCCACCGCCACCGCUCGCCGCACCUCGGCCGUGCCCCCCUCGCCCGCCAAGCCCGUUGAGAAGAAGACCACGUCUAGCACCGGGGCGGCUGCCGCUCCCGCGCGGAGACCGGCGACAUCUUCCACGUCUGCGACAAGGACGACGCCCACCACGACCUCGCGGACCUCGACAACCACGGGCACGACUGGUAGCGCGACUAGACCUGCUGCGGCGAGGCCCGCGGCCAGUGGUGCGACCGCUGAUGCCAAGAAGCGCCUCUCCACCGCCCCUGCGUCAUCCUCUGGCACCGCUACCGCCGCCAGGCAUGCCUCUCGCCCGUCUAUGGCCGGCUCCACCUCGAGCACCGCCGCUGCUGCCGAGAUCGAGUCCCUGAAGAAGAAGCUGGCUUCCAGCGAGGCCGAGAUCACCUCUCUCAAGGAGCAGAUCUCGUCGUCGCAGAACAAGAUCUCGGAACUCGGCGAGAAGGUGCACAAGGAGGGCGGCGAACACGACGGCUCGGAGCUGGAGGAGCUCAAGUCCCAGCACGAGGCCGAGGUCAAGGCCCUCAAGGAGCAGGUCGCCGAAGCUCAGGAGAAGCUCAAGGCUGCCGAGGAGAACCUCUCCAAGAACAAGUCCGAGUUCUCGGAUGUCGCCUCCUCCAAGGAUGCCACCGAGGCUGAGGUCGCGUCGCUCAAGCAGACGCUCGAGACCCUCCAGGCCAAGCACGAGGCCAAACAACAGGAGAACGAGUCCAAGCUAGCCGAGGCGGGCGAGGAGCACGCCGCCAAGCUCGAGGACCUCAAGAAGACGCUGACCGAGCAGCACCGCGCCGCCAUCGACUCCAUGCAGGCCAAGCACGCCGAAGCUCUCGAAAAGGACAAGGCCGAGUCGGGCGAGCACGAGAAGUCCAUGGCCGACAUGAAGUCUGCUCACGAGGACGCCGUCGCCGAGCUGCAGAAGAAGAUCGACGAGCUGACGGCGUCCCAGUCCGAGGUCGAGGCUGCCCACGAGGCCAAGCUGGCUGCGGCGUCCGAGGGCAACGACGCCAAGAUGUCUGCCCUCGAGGCCCAGAUCACGGAACUGUCGAGCAAGCUCGAGUCGGCCGAGAAGGCUGCCGAGGAGGCCAAGUCUGAGCUGGCCGCCAAGACGGAGAAGCUGUCCGAGCUCGAGACCACGGUCGCCGCGCUCCAGGCCGAGCUCAAAGCCGCCAAGGAGGCGUCGACCAAGGCCGAGGAGGCCCUCGAGGAGCUCAGGAAGAGCGUCGACUCGUCGGCCGAGCAGUCCAAGGACAAGGACGCCGCCAUGGCCAAGCUCAAGUCGGAGCACGACUCGACGCUCGAGAAGCACCGCAAGGAGCUGCAGCAGAUCUCCAAGGACUACGAGGACGAGAUCGAGAGCCUCAAGGGCGAGGCCCACUUCAAGCGCCAGUUCCACGACCUCGAGGCCAAGCACGAGCAGACGCUCAAGGACCACGAGCAGGCGCUCGAGUCGGCCAAGUCGGAGCACGCCAGCGCGCUCGAGAAGGCGCAGGGCGAGCACGCGGCCGCCGUCGCGGCGCUCGAGGCCAAGGCCAAGGAGCACGAGGAGGCGCUCGACCAGCUGCGCGCCAGCCACGCCGAGGAACUGGAGAAGGCCAAGCUGGGCGCCAGCUCGGACCGGGACACGCACCUCAAGGAGAUGGACGCGCUCAAGGAGAGCCACGCGAAGCAGAUCGAGACGGUCAAGGAGCUCAACGCCGUCGCCCUGGCCAAGGAGCUCGGCGAGCUGCGGGCCUCGCACGAGGAGGUCGUCGCGGGCCUGAAGAAGGACGCCGAGGCCGAGAAGGAGCAGUUGCUCGCCAGGCACGCCGAGGAGCUCGGCGCGGCCAAGGAGGCGGGCGCGGGCGCGUCGGCCGCCGAGAUCGAGCAGCUCAAGGAGGCGCACGCCAAGCAGAUCGAGGCCGACAAGGAGCUCAGCGCCAUCGCGCAGGCCAAGGAGAUUGCGGACCUCAAGGCCGAGCACGAGGAGGCGCUUGCUGCGCACGCCAAGCAGAUCCAGACCGUCAAGGAGCUCAGCGCUGUCGCCCACGCCAAGGAGAUUGGCGACCUCAAGGCGCAGCACGACGAGAUCCUCGCCGGCCAUGCCAGGCAGAUCGAGGCCGUCAAGGAGCUCAACGCCAUCGCGCAGGCCAAGGAGCUCGGCGAGCUCAGGGCGGCGCACGAGGAUGCCAUCGCCGCUCUGCAGAAGGAGAGGGAGACGGAGAAGCAGGAGCUCGUCUCGAAGCACGCCGAGGCGAUCAGCGCCGCGAGGGAGGCCGGCACCGGCCAAGUCGCCGCCGAGCUCGAGAAGGCCAAGGCCGAGCUCGAGAGCAGGCACGCGGCCGAGGUGGAGAAGCUCGUCGCGGAGCUCGAGGAGGCCAAGGAGAUCCAGAAGGAGGUGGACGCGGCGCAGUCGGCGCUGGCGGCGGCCGAGGAGAAGCACGCGUCGGCGCUGGCGGCGCUCAAGCAGGACCUCGAGCAGACGCACUCGGCCGAGGUGGAGAAGCUCAUCGAGCUGCAGUCGUCGGCGGUCGAGAGCGCCAAGAAGGAGGGCGCGUCGGCGACGGAGGCGCAGCUCGGCAAGCUCAACGCGGCGCACGACGCGGCGCUCGACGAGGCCAACGCCAAGCACAGCGGCCUGGCGGAGAAGGCGGCCAAGCUCGAGGCGGCCAAGGCGGAGCUCGAGCGGGCGAUGGAGAAGCUCGGCGCGGACUUGGCCAAGAGCGAGCAGGAGCUCGACACGCUGGGCGGGCAGCUGGCGCAGGAGAAGAUGGAGAAGUUUGAGGCGCAGGCGGCGCUCGACGCGGCGCGGAGCCAGAAGCCCGACACGUCGGAGGCGGACGGCCUGCGGGCCGAGAUGGCCUCCCUCAAGAAGGCGCACGAGGACGCGCUGUUUGCGGCCAAGGCGAGCUCCCGCAAGGCCGAGGACGAGGUGCGGGCCCUGCGCGAGGACCUCGAGAUGGUGCGCAAGGAGUACGAGGCGCACCGGCUCGAGGCCGAGGCCAGGGACAAGACGUCGCGGGCCGACUACAGCGACCUGCACGACUCGAUGUCGCAGCUCGUCGAGGAGGCGCAGCGCAAGGCGGCGGACGCGGCGAGGAGGCUCGAGGAAGUGCAGGCGCAGCUCAAGGUGAAGGAGGCGGAGAUUGCGGAGGUGAAGACAAAGCAGCAGUCUUCGACGACGACGCCUUCCAAGGGCCUGGCCGCGAGCAGGUUCGCGGGCGAGGGCGAGGACGACGACGACGAGAAGGAGAACGACGCGGGCGCCGCGGCAAAGUCGGCGGCGGAAGGUGAGAACAACACCGACGAGCCGGACAACUCUUCAGCGGCACUAGCUUCGGUGCGAGCGCCCCCUUGCUUGUGA